AUGACAACCCCCUUGAAGCAACAAAUCAACGCCACAAACGUUUACACAAAACAGGUACCAGGUCGCGGGAAUGGUAUUUUCGCAGCACAGGAUAUCGCACCCAGGUCAGAGGUCGUCUUCGUUUCCCGGCCGCUGAUGGUGGCACUGGAGACCUCAGAACUGCAAACCCGCUGUUAUUAUUGCUACAGCUCGCCAGGGGAUGCUAGUCUUCGUCCUGAAAUCCCCAACGGUCAGACAUUGAAGACGUGCGGCGGAUGCAAGGUGGUCAAAUUCUGUCACCGGAAGUGCCAGACUCGGGCUUGGUCAGAGUAUCAUCGUCUGGAGUGUAAGCUCUAUGGCAGAUUGCAUCCUCGAAUACUCCCAAGCACAUCCAGAUCCAUCAUUCGACUCCUGAAGCAGCACGAAGCAAAUCUUCUUCCUCAUUCCGAAUGGGAUCAACUUCUGGCGCUGAAGAGUCAUCAGGAGGACUUUCUCAGGGAAGAUCUCUUCAUCAUGAUGAAGGGCAUCAAAUCCUAUUGUGGUACCAACCAUAGUGAAGAGACAAUACUGCGAAUAGCUUGUGUGUUGCUUGUCAACUCCUUCACUCUCACAAAUCCGACAUACGACCCCUUGGGAUCGAUUCUCCAUCCCAAGCCAGCCCUUAUGAAUCACUCUUGUGAUCCAAAUGCAUUUGUGAGAUUUGACAUUCCGCCAACGAGCAGUCGAGAGGAAUUUCCACCUUACGGAAACAUAUCUGUUCAUGCCUUGAGACCAAUCGCCAGAGGCGAGGAAGUUACGGUUUCAUACAUUGAUACGACCUUACCCUUCGACAAUAGGCAGGGAGAAUUGAAAGCUAGGUAUUUCUUCACCUGCAGUUGUAGCUUGUGCUCUAGAGGCCGAGACGCUGCUACAGAUAUGUUUUACCACCCUGUACAGGACGUGGCAACCGAUACAACGCAGCCGGCAAUACUCGCCGAAAUUGCCGAAACCAGUGACCAGGCCGAGCAGUUCUUAAUGGGCUUGGAAUCUCAAAGUGGACUUGAGCACACCCCGAUUGACAGCAUCAAACACAUUAUGCAUCGCCUGGCACUGACGAGAAGCUGGCCACUGUGGCGGUAUCCUUGGCCUGAUUUGCGGCGAAAGUUGUUCCUUCGACUGCUCGAUUCGCAGAGGUAUUCUGAGGCCCUGUGGCAGUCGGCGGUAUUUGUCAGAGUAAUACAUCCUGUCAUGUAUCAUGAACAAGAGCAUCAUCCAGUCCGAGUCGUGCAGAUGUGGACAUUCUGGAAUUUAUGCUGGCAGUGUGUGGAAUCUCUGGGCGAGCGAUCGUCGGACGACGUUUCCCAUGACCUCCAGACGCUGAGAAUGUUGUGCUCUGUGCUGGUCGUGAUGAUCGACGACAUUCAUAGAAUCAUGAACCAAGGGACCAGAUCGAAUGGAAAGCUGGAAAAGCUGAUUGAUGGAGCCCUUCAAAAUGUCAGACGUGAUGGUGUAUUCUGGGACGCAUACCAGCAAAAUAAGGCAGAGACACGCCAAAAGGUCUUUUCGUGGAUCGACGACCAAGUCAAGGCGUUAUUAAGGAAGGAAGAUGUCUCCCAAGAUAUCGUGGACAUGGCCUUUCGCACCGCAAGCUUUUAA